UUUCGAAAUGUUGUAUUUUCUCGACAAUGUUCUUGGAGCGGCAUUAAACGGUUAGACACAUGGUGAACUAUUAUUUCAAUUUAAGGUGUACUACUGCAAAAUGUUUUAUAAUAUUUUAUCAUAAUUUUAGAGGAACAUAAUUUAAGAGAAAUCACUUUGGAAAAGAAGUAAUUGGGCUUUUUUCUAAAUUGAGUGAAAUCUCCAGACAUAAUUCAGACAAUAUUUGAAAUUUCGGCUGAAUGGUGUUAAAGACGGCGGUAUUACAAUAAUGAAUACACUCGAUUUCUUAAAAAGCAAAGCAGUUAAUGCUGGAUAUUAUUUUCCUUACCUGUGUCCGCUUUUCUGUCAAAUUCGAAAAUGAGUCACAAAAUAUAUUUGAUUAAGGUGAUAUCGGCAUGUUUCGUAUGGAUACUUCUGGAACAAUUAGCUUAUAGCCUUCAAGAAAAUACAACUAUGAAACGGGCUACAAGUGCUACAGAUGGAGCGAUUAUUCCUGCAGAUUCGCUCUUGAGUGGUUCGAAUGACACAAAGUCGGAAUGGGAAGAACGUUCAUAUACUGAGUCGUUUUUAAUGAAACGCGCUGGACGAAAAAUAAACAUAAAGAAACUUAUGCUGGAAUAUUCAACUGUUUGUCCUAUUCAACGAUCAUGUGAUGUCAAUUUUGAAGAGAAGUAUCUGUUUAGCGGAAAUACAAAUGGUAAACCAGCCUUCUCGGAUUGUACAGACUGCAUGUGUAGUCGCAGCUGUGUUGAAUAUGGCAACUGUUGCCCCGGAACACACUUUGGAUAUGUUAAUCAUGAUGAAUGUCUCAACACAAUUCUGCAUCCAAAAGAGAAGAUUGAUGCCUUCUACAUGGUUGGCAAAUGCCUAAAUAAUUACACUGGAAACAACAGUGUUAUUGAAUUAUGCGAAAUGAAGGUCCGUCCUUGUACUUCCAGAGAAUCCGGACUUAUUUACAAGAACAAGUAUUGCGCACAGUGUAAUGCAGAAACUGACUGCGUCAAUUGGAAGCUUAACGUGGGCUGCCAGGUAUACAAAUCACCGUUCAGAGAGUUUGUCUCAUUAGCUGAUAUGAAAGCUGCUUUAGAUCAGUCACAUUGUGUAAUUCAGUAUCAACGACCCGUCGGCACUGAUGUUGGUUUUUCUUGUGGUUGGCCUGAUUCUUUUAAAGAAGUCCGUAUUAACAGAUGCAACGUAACGGGGUUAUGGCGUCAGUUUGAUGGUGACAUAAACUGGGCUUGUGAGAACUUUAUAGUACCAUAUAAGGAGUUUAAAAAUGUCUUCUGUUAUAUAUGCAAUCCCAGCCAUGGAAACUCUCAAAAUAUGUCCCUGAUCGAUAAUUGUGAAAUGCAUGAAAACACGAUAUCUUUAGCAUGUAAAACUUUUCCGGCCUCGGAUAGGCUAAAACCAUUUAAAAACAUUUAUUGCUAUGCAUGUAGUUAUGGACAUAAAUAUUUAAAGAGCUCAUGGACUAAAGUCGCUUACUUGAGAGAAAUAUCUGAAACGAACGAUCACGUGAAUCUGUCAACGCAAGUGAAUUUAUCACUUGUAUUUCCGUAUGAAAGUAACGUUAACGAUGUCAACAAGUUUGUGCAUGAGACAUUACAAGACACAUUUGAAUUUGUAGACAUGAAUAGGAAGCCACAUAGAGAAACCAAAAUCAAUUACAACAUUUCAAGUAUUGACAAAAUAAUAGAUCACUAUAUAUCGGUCUGUGGAAAAGGAACUCUUUGCAUGUAUGAUGGCAAUACGGACAAAGUGUACGGUAAUCCUGUUUGUGGCCACUGCAAGUGUGAAAAUGACUGUGCUGAAAAUGAGACAUGUUGUCUUGAUAUAAUACUUUCUAAGGAACCAUUUUCAUGUUUGCAAACUGAGAAAUUUCCUAUACUUCGCAAGAAUGAUACAGAAAUAAGAAAUCGUUACGAUUGGUUUGCAGGACAUAAAACGUAUAUGGUAAUAGACACCUGUUUAAAUGAAACUCAUCAGUUAUCAUAUAAUUGUUCUUCACUUAAGGGUACCUCUGAUUUCUUUGCUGAUAUACCUAUUAGCACCAAUGGUUUCGUUGCGUAUAGAAAUAUUUACUGUUAUGCUUGCAACAACAAUUACGUCAAAGACAUCACUUUGGAGUUUCAGGCAUACUGCGGGACAUAUAUUGAACACGAGUUGUUCACAGACUUAUCACAGUUGUUAAAAGCAAUUAAAUUGUAUUGCCAUACGGUGUCAUUUGUUCCUGUGAAAGGCAAAGUAUGUGCGAGAGAGUACGACGCGUUGAAAGCUGGUUUAAUCGUUGGUGAGAAAUACGAAAGAAUGAAAGAACAUCCAUCAAAUUUUGAAUUCAGAAAGAUACAAUAUGUAUCAGUAUAUCCAUGGGAGUUGUUUGAACCAGUAAAAGAUGUCUAUUCGUCAUGCAACAUGUCGGGAUUUCUGAAAGAAUCUGAUAUUCUUGUCAAUGACAUUUGCGAGAACGAAUCGGUAACAUUACUUUCUCUUCCUGAAUACCGUAUCGAAAACAAGGUGUAUAAAAAUUUUGCUUGUUUUCUUUGUAAUCCGGAUUUUCAUUUACAUGAUAUGGACUCAAGCAAGGUUAUAUCUGACUGUCGUUUAGAUAGUUCUGUGAAAUUGUACGAGAAGGAUGACAAUCUUGAAGAGUUGUGCACGACAUCACAGAGAUAUGAUAUAUGGUUUCCUUACAAAAACAUGUACUGCGCAGAAUGUAACCUUCCCCCAUGGCAAAUAGUCGACGUUGUGGCCCUUGAUGUAUUAAGCCCUGAAAAGGUCAAACCAGCCUACAAAUACAUUUUCUCCAUUACACCAGAAGACUAUGCACAUAUAGAUGCUGCUGCAAAAGAAGACAAUGUGCCGAAAUGCCGUAGAGGAACUUAUGAUUAUAAUUUGAACGAUUGUCGCCCAGUGUACUGCAAAAAAGCCUAUCAACUUUUUAAUUUUACGUGUAAACCACUCCUUGAAACGGCUUCCGGUCAUUUAUAUGAUUUUUUUUUAAAACUGUUUGUAAGAGAAUUGAAUGGAUUGCAGGAAAACUCCAGCGUCGACGUUAAGAUAUACCUCGAGGAGUUGUGUUCAGAUAUUGGCAAAAUGAUAACAAAUCAAUUUGGAGAAACAACCGAGUUUUAUAUACGAGAGCAACAAUGUCAAGCGUCUUCUCCAUGCAAUUUAUUUCAGAAUACUAGUUACACUGAAGGUCCGCUUGUAGACUUAACUCAGACUGAAUAUAUAAAUUUGUUUCUUGUUGUAGCUAUUGAAUAUACAGAAACAAUUACGGCAGUCAGAACUAAUCUUAUUAACGCAUUAAGGCGGAGGUAUUACAUAACUGACCAUUUUGAUGUUGAUGGUAAUUCGUAUUCAGUUGUUUUAGAAACAAUUCCAACGGCCAAAGGUGAGUGGUUCUACAAUGAAUCUUGUACAUCUCCACUCAAAUAUUUGAUGAAAACGUAUGAUAUUGAAUUUUCUUAUUAUAAAGUCGAUAGGUUCUUGCUCUGUGCUUAUGUAAAACUAAACCUCAGUGAGGCAAAUUUUUAUCAAGGUGCCCUUGUUGUGUCUGUUAAAGAUACAAAUGUCACAUUUCCUGAAAGUGAAUUUAAAGUGAUCGAUGACUAUAUCGUUAUUUGUGAAGACGAUUACAACAUGAAAACUAGGAAAAUGACAGAUGAAAAUCGUAUGCUGAAGUCUGAAAGUAUAUCAUAUUUACUGAAUACUUUUACAUUAAUCUGCACAGCUAUUUCCCUUGUCUGCCUGUUCCUUACAUUCACCACAUAUUGCUUGUUCUCCACUUUGCGCACAGUGCCAGGGAAGAGUCUAAUGCUUUUGUGUUUUUCACUUUUUUGCUCCCAAACUUCCCUACAGUUUGGUAUCAAUGGUGCACGCAAGACAAUGUUGUGUGUAUUCACAGGGGUUUGCAUACACUAUUUUUGGAUUGCCUCUUUUUGCGCUAUGCACAUUUGCUCUUUUCACAUGUUUAAAGUUUUCUAUUUCAACGACAUGUUACAUCAAUUACCAAACAAUGACAGCAGAUUAUUCAUGAAAUAUUUACUUUAUUUCAUUUUGUCCCCAAGUGCGCUCGUUCUGAUAACGGUGGUAAUCAGUAUUUUCAACUUGGAUACAUCUUUCAUUGGAUAUGGCGCAAGUUACUGUUUCAUCUCAGAUUUUUAUAUCUUUGUUGGCACUUUUCUAACCCCAGCAUGUUUCAUAUUUCUGAAUAAUAUUAUCUUCUUCUCUUUAGCUUUUCACAAAAUAAGAUCUUCACCAGAUGUUCAAAGCACACAAGACAAAAGUAAUUUGUAUAUUUUUCUGAAACUUUGUACAAUCGUAGGUAUUGCUUGGCCGUUACUUAUCGUUGAUAAUGUGUUAGAUGUCUCUUGGCUUUCAUUUCUAGUUUCUGGGAUAAAUUCACUGCAAGGUGUUUUUAUUUUCGGCUCUUUCGUUUUAAACAGAAGAGUCGUCCAUUUGUAUAAGUCUGCCUUGACGAAUACAUCAGUUAAAAGAUCGGUAAUCAGAUCAACACCACGUUCAAGCUACAGUGGCAAUACCAGCUUGUAAUCGCCUGGAAAGUAAAUGUGUUUUGAGCUGUGAAACAAGCUUUGCGGAAUAAAGAGUUCAAUCUAUCAUAAUAUAACUUCAAAGUAAGGAAUUUACUCUACAUCUGUCAGAAAUCAACGUAACGAAAGCAUGAUUUGAUCAGCCUUUUUGCCGUUAUUUAAGAAAGUGACACAUUUUCAUUGAUCUAAUUUACCUAUUUUUAACAAUAUUCCAGUUAUACUAACUAUAGUUUUGUAUUUGUUGGAUAUCUUUUAGUGUCAAGUUUCGAUUACAAACUAUAAUCUUAAAAGUUUCAUUUUUUUAGUUGAAAAAGCAAAUGUAGAUGUGCUGACAGAUUGUGAUAGACCUGGAAUUCUCCCUCUUAUCACAUGUCUAGGGACAUACAUUAGUUCCUUAAUCAUUCGUAUUGCUAUGUUUCCAUGUCAAAAGGUGAAAUAAGCUCUUAUCUCUCUCACUAUACCUUACUAAGCCGGAAAUAUCUCAAAAAAGAGUUUUCACCCUGUGAGAAAGACCGGUCCUUUAAUGUUAUACCUUGUGAGAAAACAUUUUCCUCUAUGUUCGUAUCAUGCGAGAAAGUAUUGUCCUUCGUGAUUGUACAAUGUGAGAAAGUAUGGUCUUCCGUGUUCGUACCCUGUGAGAAAGUAUGGUCCUUCGAGUUUGUACCAUGCGAGAAAGUAUGGUCCUCAGUAUACGUACCCUGUGAGAAAGUAUGGUCCUUCGUGAUUGUACAAUUCGAGAAAGUAUGGCCCUCCGUGUUCGUACCCUGUGAGAAAGUAUGGUCCUUCUUGUUCGUACCAUGUGAGAAAGUAUUGUCCUUCAUGUUUGUACCAUGCGAAAAAGUACGGAACUCCGUGUUCGUACGCUGUGAGAAAGUAUGGCCCUUCAUCAUUGUACCAUCCGCGAAAGUAUGGUCCUCCGUGUACGUACCCUAUGAGAAAGUAUUGCCCUUCGUGAUUGUACCAUGCGAGAAAGUAUGGUCCUCCGUGUGUGUGCCCAGUGAGAAAGUAUCUCCCUUUGAGAUUGUACCAUGCAAGAAAGUAUGGUCCUCCGUGUACGUGCCCUGUGAGAAGUAUGGCCCUUUGAGAUUGUACCAUGCGGGAAAGUAUGGUCCUCCGUGUACGUGCCCUGUGAGAAGUAUAGCUCUUUGAGAAUGUACCAUGCGGGAAUGUAUGGUCCUCCGUGUGCGUGCCCUUUGAGAAGGUAUGGCCCUUUGAGAUUGUACCAUGCGGGAAAGUAUGGUCCUCCGUGUGCGUGCCUAGUGAGAAAGUAUGUCCCUUUGAGAUUGUACCAUGCAAGAAAGUAUGGUCCUCCGUGUACGUGCCCUGUGAGAAGUAUGGCCCUUUGAGAUUGUACCAUGCGGGAAAGUAUGGUCCUCCGUAUGCGUGCCCUUUGAGAAGGUAUGUCCCUUUGAGAUUGCAUCAAGAGAAAACGGAUGGCAGUAUGGUCCUCCGAGAGGUUAGCAUGUUCCUUUAGGAAAUGAAUACUGCCAUUCAAAGAGGGUCGAGUUAUAACUGUAGUCAGUAGUGAAUGAAUAUCAUAUUUACUUAUAAUGUCAAUAGCAAAUUUAUUAAAAGGCCAUGGCCUGAAGUGGUUAUUAGCACGACUAAACUUAUAUUGCGCGAGGGCGUAGCCCUUUUGCCAAUAUGGGUCCAGGAGCCGUUCAAUGAGUUACUUAUUAUAUACCUCAACACAACGCUUGAAUCAGUUAAUUACAUAAAAUAUUGACAUUUACAUUUUAAAAGGGGUAAAAUGACAUCAAUAAUAACGUCGUUCAUCACUUGGUGGGUUAUAUCACUUCCGGUUGUCUGGUGUGGGUUACAGGAUUCUGUCUUAUGCAGUUUUGUUACUGCAUUUGUACUUAUAGUAAGGCAUUUAAUAAGUUGUGUAUAAUAUUGUUGAUGCUGGAAUAAACUGCCAGUGACAUAAGUUGUAUAUAUAUAUUUGUAAUUGAAGCUAUGUUCUAAUUAAUGUUAUUUUUUUUUUCAUGCAGAAAUAAACUUAUUUCCUUUUAUACUUGAUUGCUAUAUGAAAGUAAUUGCCAGUAUUUUGUCGUCUAGAUAUUUGACAGGACGAUAAUUGAUACUAAAUAUCGCCCCAGCAAAUGUUCUAUUACCAACAUUUUUGGCAUAGCUGAACUUUAUUAUAGUAAUGGUUUCUGUCUUUUUUUCUGGGAUUUAUGCUUAUAUAACAUUUGCGAUAAACGUGCUAAUUGAAUAAGAGCAAAGCAUUUCAUGUCUGAUUUGCACAUUAUGUUUGCGCAAAUAUUAGUUCACGAAUAAAACUUAAAUUCCAAUAAAAAUUUCCUGUUCAUGGUUUGCACCAAGAUUUCGAAAACAGCUGUUUUCAAUAUGAUGUAGUAAGAAAUUGAACGUUUUAAGGCAAAGAAAAUCUCCUAUAUAAGUGAAGCCCCCCCCCCGCACCCCUCCCCUAAAUGCCAGACAUCUUAAUCUCCAAUAAACAGGAUCCCGUCUGGUCCAGUCUGAUAAGGGUCCAUAAAAAACCCCUGUAGACUUGACAUGUAGUCCAUGUCUGAGGAUCACAAAUUUUAUUGAUAUGUAAAGAUAAUUGUUUUUUCCUGUGUUUUAGCUUUUUUUUCAGAAUAUACACAAAAUUAUUUUAGUUGAUAGUAUAAAACCUGUCUUAACACUUUACAGCGUCGUGAUUUUUUCUAUGUAAAUAAUAUCAUUUUAUUUCUUAUUGUAUAGGACUAACAUUGAAACCAGUGGCUUAAACUUAACAUAAACAUUUUUUACCAUUUGACUUCUAUAAGUGUAUGCGACCGUUUUCCAUGUUAAUUCUGUGUCAUUUUAUAAGUUACUGACAAAUGCUGUUUAAAGGGUACAUUUAUAAUUGUGUUGUGAUGCACAUAUUACAGUCUCUUGUAGCUUUUU